UUGUGAUAAUGUUUUGCGAUCAUUUUCAUUAAUGAAAGGAGUAAUCUGAACUCGUGGGCCGAACUGGGUUAUCAUGGCCCAAUAGUCACUCCCUUUUAUUGGCCUCUCAACUGCCACGGGCGCGCCACUUUCACUGCCUUCACCGCCAUUUCUUAAGGCGAAGCGCUUCUCAAACAGUGGGUCCGGGCACGGCGACGUUGGCCGGAAAAACUUCUUGCGAUCACGUAAUUCGGCACAAGGCUGGAUGCUACGUGUGCUACCGAUUGUAAUGGUCUGGCCUAGCUUUGCAGCGAAGCCAACGAACUUGAGAACUGGAUUGUCUCUUACAGCUACGGUACUUAGGUCAAUGAGUUCGAAGCGACUCUCUUCCGAUACUACGAAGCCUACUCACGUAGUCACCAAGGACAAGAAACACAAAAAACCGAAAGUUUUGAAGGAAUCAAGCACUGGUUCUCAAUAUGAUAUCGUUGCUAAGGAAACUGACCAGAAAGCGCAAUCAUUUGAAACUCAAAGUUUCAAGGGAGAUAUAGCAAAAAUUGAGUCAAUGACUGUUCAAGAACUCAGAACAACCUUGAGGAGCAUUGGAGCUUCUGUCAAGGGCCGUAAACAAGAUCUUGUAUCUGCUCUGUCGGGAUUUAUGAAACAACAGCAAAAUGGUGGAAGCUCUUGUUGUGGAGAAGACACUGCACAACAAAAGGAAGAAGAUGCUGUUGAUGAGAGCCAAGAACAAAUGCUUAGCAGCGUGUCAGAGAUUUCUGUAGUUAACCGAAGUAGGAGAACUGUAAAAAAGUUCACAGCAGGGGAUAAAAGAACCAAAGUUGUUGCUCAAACAACCGGUGCGGAGGAAAAGUUGUCAGUCCAAACUGAUAUAAUUCCAGUAGCUGAACCUUGGACAGUUCUUGCCCAUAAGAAGCCUCAGAAAGUGUGGAUUCCAUACAAUCCCAGGAAAUUAAGGCCUCCACCACUAGAUAGAGAUUCACUUUCUGUAAAAUUGAUGUCAUGGAAUGUUAAUGGAUUAAGAGCCUUGUUGAAGUUGGAGGGAUUCUCUGCCCUUGAGCUUGCCCAGAGAGAAGAUUUUGAUAUCUUGUGCUUGCAAGAGACCAAGCUGCAGGACAAAGAUGUUGAAUCUAUCAAACAGACUCUCCUAGAAGGAUAUGGAAGUAGCUCCUGGACAUGCAGCCUUACAAAACUAGGUUAUUCUGGCACGGCAAUUAUCUCUCGGAUAAAACCACUUUCAGUUACCUACGGUCUAGGUAUACCAGAUCAUGAUAGCGAAGGACGAAUCGUAACCGCCGAGUUUGAUUCGUUUUAUUUAAUAUGUGCUUAUGUUCCCAACUCUGGAGACGGGUUGAAAAGACUGUCAUACAGAAUUACACAGUGGGACCCUUCGCUUAGCGACUACAUGAAAGUGAGUGAGUGCUGUCCUUGGCUAAAUUCUCAGAGAGCUAGCAACGGGGAAUCAUCGGAAAUUGACAUCUUCAAUCCAGCUGUAAGUUAUCUCUUCUCAUCAGUUGCCUUCAUCUUGCUGUUCAGCGUAUCUUUUCCUAACCCGACAACAUUAAAAUUAAAAAACCACCAGGGAAACAGAAGGAGUGCCGGAUUCACCGAUGAAGAAAGGCAGUCAUUUGGGAGAAACUUCUUGGACAAAGGAUUUGUGGAUACCUUCAGAAACCAACACCCCAAUGCUGUUGGGUACACUUACUGGGGAUAUAGGCACGGUGGCAGGAAGACAAACAAAGGCUGGCGGCUCGACUACUUCCUGGUCUCGGAAUCCUUGGCCGACAAGGUUCAUGACUCGUACAUUGUCCCUGAUGUCAUGGGUAGCGAUCACUGUCCAAUCGGCCUUAUACUCCGGCGGUAGUUUGAAAUGGACAAGAUGGCAAAACAGAGAAAGAACAAAGACCAGGUGUGGCGACUGUUUUGAAGGAACUCGUUUGGACAGGUAAUAUUAAUGUAGGAGGGACGAGGGGUGAAGAAGAGACUCAUCCUCGAAUUUUGACUUUCGGUUAAAUGGGGAUUCUAUAUUCUAAUCAUGCAAAACAGAACUGUCUUGUGUACUUGUCUUCUCCCCAAAAGAAAGGGGAAAAAAACUUGUCAUGGAAUUGAGGGGUUAGGACCUGCUCGGAAAGGUUUGUUCUACUCUACAAGAGGCAAACUGUGAAAUCAUGUUACGUCGGUUAGGUAAGUGGUAUGAUCCGAUCAGUAGUACAAUUAGUUUGUAAUAGUUUAUGUUGGUUUUAGUAAAAUAUUUUGGCAAGUGGGGAU